AUAGAAUACAAGUAUCAUAGUAAUUAUGCACAGGCCAGAAUUGUAUCCCAGAAGCUUUCAGAAAUGGCAGUGACGUCAGUCAGAAGACACAGGCAGAGCUAUGAGGCUAAGAAGCAACUGACUUUCUCUGUGGGGUUCUCAAUACCAUGGUGGGGGUGAGAGGCUUCCGUUACCAACGGGAGCAACUCCGGGACUGUGAAGAACUCGGUGCAAUAUCUCUAACCUCCAACACGGGGCCGCAGAGGACUCUGUCCUCCCGCAGCCGUCUCUGGAAGGCCUCUGGCAGCAGUAGCCAGCAGAGGUGUAGCUGCACUUCAUAUCCCGAGUCACAGGCAGUGAUGGCAUCGACCUAAAGGCAGAAGAGGGACAUCGACCAGCACCCAAAAGGACUCCAGGAAAGACACCGAGAGAGGAUUGAGGCAGUUCCCACACGGAACACGGGCUCCCCCAAAGGCAACACCUGGCCAUCGUCAGCUCGGGGGAGCCCCAGCCAUGGCUGCUAAGCUCAGACCCCCAAACAUUUCCUACUGCUGGGUGCUUAGAGGGAAACGAGACGCUUGGUCUGAGGCCCUCGGACACAGCACAGCAGAGGGAGGGUUCACAGGAGCUGCUAAGAGUCCGCCAAAGCCCGCGUGCGAGUCCUGCGGGAGGGACUCCAGCCCCCCUGGAACCCAGCCCCCCCUGCGCAUCCCCCCAUGCCAACCCCAGAGCCCGCCCCCUCCGCUGUCGAUCUGGGGGCCAGGCCCACAUGACCGGAAGUGGCCCUUCCAACUUCCUCCCGGCACUGGGCUGUGAGGCCUGGUCGGACAGCCGCUGCCUCGGCUGAACACGAGGAGGGGGUCCCACGUCCCGUCAGGGGUCAAGGAAAGGAAGGCCAGGCUGAGACAGCCCCGCCACGUCUAAGAAAUACCAGGUGUGAGGCCGGGGGGAACUGUGUCCCGAAGCUGCAGCCAGCAGUCAGUGGAAGGGAGGGUCCCAGGUCCUACCCGGAGCCCAAGUGGGGAUUCUGCGUCAUUCCCAGCACCCAAGGAACCCAGGACAGAGAAGGCCUGCCACGGGUGUUCAUUCAGCACCAGGUGUCCUCGCUGCCUGCCAGCCGGGCCCGGCGUCGUCAUGCCGCACCGCCAGAAGAAAAAGCUGCGCGCCCGCCAGAAACGCCACGAGGGCCAGGGUGAGGGGCAGGGUGUGGAGGGUGCUCAGGCCGCCGCCGCCGCAGCCGCAGAGGCUUCCCCGGGGUCCCCCCGGGCGGGUGCAGCCCAGCAGCCUCAGGGUGCCCCGGCCCCCGGGUCCCCCGGGUCCCCCGGGUCCCCCGGCGCAGGCGCCGCAAGCCCGCCACGUGAGCAGGGCGCCGAGGGCCCGGCCGCGCCCCCCGCCCCGGGCGCCCGCAAAGACCCCCUCAGACGCAAGGCCGACAUGCUGGUGCGGUUCCUGCUGGAGAGGCACGCCAGCAAGGAGCCCAUCACGCGGGCCGCGCUGCUGAAGAUCGUCAGCAGGAAGUACGAGGCGCACUGGGCCGAGAUCCUCAGGCGCACCUCGGAGCGCCUGCAGCUGCUCUUCGGCCUCGAGCUCCGGGAGGGCGACGCCGGCGGCCGGGCCUACGAGCUGGUCAGCAAGCCGGGCCUGGAGGGCGACGGCGGCGACAAGGGGCCGCCCAAGAGCGGCCUGGUCAUGGCGCUGCUGGGCGUGAUCUUCAUGAAGGGCAACCGCGCCAGCGAGGAGGAGGUGUGGGAGUUCCUCAACGUGCUGGGCGUGUACGCGGGCCGCAGGCACCCGAUCUUCGGGGAGCCCAGGAAGUUCAUCACCCAAGAUCUGGUGCGCCAGAAGUACCUGGAGUACCGCCACGUGCCGGGCAGCAAACCUCAGCGCUACGAGUUCCUGUGGGGCCCGAGAGCCCGCGCCCACACCAGCAAGAUGGAGGUGCUGCAGGUGCUGGCCAAGAUCAACGACACGGUGCCCAGCUGCUUCCCCCAGCUGUACCAGGAGGCCCUGCUGGAAGAGGCGGCGCGCGAGAGCUCCACAGACGCAGCCACGGAGGCCUCCGCUGGCGAGGCUGCGGGCGGCCCUUCGGGAGCCGGGGAGCCGUCCCGGGCCCGGGUCGGCCCCGGCCGCCCCAUCUAGCGAGGCCGGUGGGGCCGCUGCUCCUCCUGCUCGGGGCGGAAGGGGGCCCUUGACCUUCCAGGUAGUGCAGAGUCCGGGGGGCUGGAGGGAAGUAAGUAGUUCUUCUUCAUAUUUGUUCUAAACUCUUAACUAAUAUCAACACACAUAUCAUUCAUAUUUAUUUAGGUGUUUACAAGUUUUUUCCUAGUAUCCCUUAUUUAGCACUAGAAUAUAAACUUAAGAAUGGCAUGGCUCUCACCUCCAUGGCUGUUCCUCAAGGGAGAGUUGCAGUGUUGUUGUGUGCAAAACAAAGCCACAGACCAUCGAUAUUGCAUUUAUGGUCCAGAAGUAGGUAACAUGGCAUGCAGUAGGGAUUUUCAUGGCCGUGUGAGAAGAGGAAAACGGAAAAGAGCGGGGAAUAGCCAACGGAGAAACACUAGUUAAAUAAAAAGAAAAGGUGUUUAAUUCA